AGAAACCUUAGGACUAUGAAUCCAAUACGCUGUCCACUCAGCUCUCAGGCUCCCUCAGGCAACCAUCUUUGGUUGCAAUGAAUGAAUCCCUCACUCCAACAAAUUGGGGUUGGGCCCAUAUAGUUUGUUGAAUCGAGGUUGCACUGUGUAGAAAGAAAGGAUUCUAAUAUUUAUUCACUCACAGCAUCCGUCAACCUUAGAAUCUUAGAUUCUUAUUUGAUGCAAUGUAUAAUCACCGCGGGUACAAGCUUUCCAAAAGACCUCGUUUCCACCGGUCAAGUACUUGUCUUCCAUCUGUGAACACGCCGCCACCUCCCAUUGCAGAGGAGAAGAUUGGUGAAACCUUAUGUUUGGAGUGUUUCCGAUUUUACGCUCCUACAAAGGAUCAAGUAUGUGAACUACAGUGUAAGAAUUGCACAAACACAUUUCCUGGACAUUAUGACAAGAAAUGUUCCAAGUGUCUGAAUACUUAUUGUGACAAUGUUAAUUCCCCAAGCCACUGUCCGUAUUGUCAAUCUAGCCUAUCUCGUGCGAACAGUGCAAUCCAGGGACCUUGGCGAUGGAGGACCUUAACAUACAGACAUACUCGACCAGAAUGUAUUGAUAUUGCUGGUAGUGACGAGGAUGAAGAUUUCAAAAUACAAAGAGUUGGGAGAGGAAAACGCGUAGUUAUUUCGAGCGACGAAGAAGACUCUCAAGAGAGCGACACACCUGCUGAGGACUUUCCCACACCACACGGGAGCAUCUUCCCUGCCACACCUGCCGGCCUGCCCGCCACACCUGAGCGGGAACCUGCCGGCCUGCCCGUCACACCUGAGCGGGAACCUGCCGGCUUGCCCGCUACACUCUUGUCUGCUUCACCUGACCAGCCGGCCUCCCCACCACCACAGGGCAUAAUGGACAACAGAAGGUUUUCAUCAAAACCAAGUCCGGUGGACUCUAAUGCAGCCUUGAUGUCUGGAAGAGAUCCCAGACUGGCGGCACACUCAUAUCUUGGGGAGUCAGUGUUGCUGCAACAGACGAGAGGACAACUGCAAGACGAGUCUAUUAUGGGCGGUAGGAACAUGCAUGCAGAAGACCAAAUGAAUCCCAGGCUGCCCCCUUGCUCAUCUCGACGACAGUUGCAAGACAGGUUACAGACCCCGCAGGGGAUUUGUCAGCAUCCUACAAGUUGCGAGGGUGUAGGCGGAACCUUGUAUACAUUAGAAAAAAGGCAACAUCAACCAUUUAGGCAUCAGGGUUCAGGGCCACUGCCAUUAUCUACUGUUUCUCAGUCUGUUGCCGAGACCCCAAGGAAUCUUCAUAGUUACAAUCAAGGAGCAAGGAGUGUAGUGUCAUCUACACACACAGAAAGCAACUCUUCUGACCUUGUUCGUAAUUCCCAGAGCAAUGAUGACUUGAAAACCCAUCAGAAUGUUCAGCCUAGCACUAGCAGCCAGAAUGUUGAUUAUAGGCAUAAUUUUUCUGACAAAUAUUCAGUUGAGAAACUUUUAUCAUACCACAAUAAACAUGUAUUCAGACAUAACUAUACAAAAAAAUUGGAUCGCUCAAAGGUUCCAAAUUUCAACAGUUUUAUUGAAUUCCUAGAGUGUUUGUCCAUUGCUGAAUUUCCCUCCUCUUGGCAGACUGACAAGUAUAUUAUACCAUCCAAAUUCAAAGCUUCAGCCUCAGAAUCAGAUGGGGCUCAGUUACAGUGGACAAGACCUGAGGAUACCUCUCAGAACUCUUGUAAUCCAGCUGAUUGGCCUUCAACUUUUGAGGAAGAUAACAUACACUACAGAGUUAAACUGCCACUGAAUGAGCCACGAUAUAUUCCUCCACCACCCAAUAUUUUGGAAGAAAGAGCUAAAGGACUGAAGCGGAAAAAGAAAUGGGAAGAAGUAAGAGAUAAGAAUAAAGUGUCUACUACUGUACUUUCUCCUAAAUCAAGUAAAAAACUCUUGAACGAAGACACACUUUACUCUUGCAGUGCCAACCAGUCAAAAAGUGUCAAAACAGAACUUAAGGAAGUUGGUGAAGAUGUUAUAAUAUCAAAUGUACAGUGUCUUCCAGAUUCCAAGGAGCUUAUAUUUGAUGAAAGCAUCUGCAAGACGGAAACCUUUCUACAAGAAGAUGAUUCUGCAACAGAGUAUGAUAUAACUAAAAUAAAAAAUGAAUUUUAAUUUUUCAGAAUAUCUAGGAAGUUUAUCCAUUGCAGAUUUUCCCUCUGGGCACAUGAAUACAGUAUGUAUAUUGUGCCAUCCUAUGCUAAGCUUCAGCCACAAAAUUUUCUUUUGAUAAUUACUUUAGCUACAGACGGGGCUCGGUUACAGCGGACAAGCCCUGUUACCUCUCGGAAUACAGUACUUGUAAUCCAGCCAAGUUUUCCUUCAACUUUUGAGGAAGAUUCCAUACCCUACAGAUUUAAACUGCUGCUGAAUUGGCCACAAUAUUUUCCUCCACCCAAUAUUUUGGAAGAAACUACUAAAGGACUGAAGUAUGAAAUAGCACUGUACUUUAUGCAACCGAAGUAAAAAAAAAAAAAAAAAUCUUUACUCUUUAUAAUUUCUUAUUUACUUUACUCUUUAAGUAAAUUCUUUCUUUAUACUUUACUCAAGUAAUUUCUCAUUACUUUACUAUUGCAGUGCCAAAGUCUACUGUUUGCUGAGCUUUCAAAGCGGUAGUCUGUAAUGAAGAUGUUAUAAUACCAAAUGGACAGUGUCUUUCAUAUUCCACAGUGGCCCUAUCAGAUGAUGAAAGCAUCUGGAAACUUUCUACAAAUAACUGUGGGAUAUGGCUGAAUUAAAAGCUCAGAGUAGAAUAGUUGUUCAAGUAACCUUGUAAUAUGUAGCAUAUACAAUGCAGCACUCUUUUAUCUUAUACAACCUCCCUGGCUUGGUGCCUUCUUUUGAUAAUUACUUAAUUUAAUCUUAUACAGGACUAAAAUUGUUUUGUCCAUACUUUCUUUUUCCUAGGCGAAUUUUCAAGCCAUUUUCAUCAGUUUGCAAAUUUUGCAUGCCUUUUAAGUUAUGAUAUAAAUUAUUAUGCAAAGUCUGAAAAGGAUAUAUAUAUUUUUUAUUAUUAUAUAAGGUACUUUUAUUUGUUCCAUU